AUGCAUCACUCUGUGAGAAAUGUCUGGUAUAGAAUGAUACACAAGCAAUGCCCGAGCAAAUCAGCUCUUUUCGUUCGACGCCUGAGGAACGUCGAAGAUGACAAAUGUACCCUCUGCAAUGAUACUGAAGAUGCCAAACAUCUCAUGGUUAGCUGCCCCCACAAAAACGACAUUUGGUCCAACAUCUUUGAACAAUUCCUGGGAUACCCCAAGGUUGCUAAUCCACAACAAGUAUACCAAUCUAUAGUUAACUUAAACCUGAAGCAAUAUUUCAUCUACAACCUCGAUAUCAAGAUUACAAUCUUCGACCUGUUUGCUGCCACCAUUCGUAUGAUAUGGAGAUUCCACCUCCUACAAACAUUCGAAGGAGUGCCAUUUGAUACCAACAAUGUCACCAACAAGAUCAGUGCUGAAGUGAUGAGAUUGUCAGAUCUCAAGCAUCAAUAUUAG